AUGAACAUAUAUAAUAUUCCUCCAACUGCCAAAGCGGCUGCGCGUAAAACCGGAAGAAGGAUCAAAAAUACUGAAAACCAAUUCGAUUUUUCCAAGUCCGAAACUCAAAAAGACGUGGAGCAUAAAAUUCUUCUGGAUGCUUUCAUGAGCAAAGAAAAACAAAGGUCACAACUAGAGAAGGAGCUGGCAGAAGUUAACAAAUUAAACGCUAGUCAUCAAACACAGAUCGCCUGCCAACAGCAGCAAAUUGCGAUGCUGAUUGUCACAUAUCAGGGAAGUCAAUAUGAAAAUGCUCCAGAAAGGGAUGAUGCGUCAUUGAAAAAGAAAAUUACCAAUCUCCAAGAUCAAAACAAUCAACUCCGCGAUAAGAUUUGGCAACUUUAUAAAAAAAUCAAGGAGAAAAACUGUGAGAUUAAUAAUAUUCAGUUCGAGAACAAAAAGGAACUCAAAAUGAUAAGAGAGAAACAUCGAGCUGAUUUGAAAAAUACAAAAAAGAAAUUGAAGGAAAAGUAUGCAAGAAAGUUCGAGCGAUUUCAAACAUUUGCCAAGAAAACGGAGGAAUUUGACGACGAGUACUUUUCUUGCUCCGAAGACUUUGACGACGAUUCGAAGGUUCCAGAAAACCUGAAAAAACAAUCAACAGCUCAAAUAGAAACUGAAAAAUCAUUGGAAGCAGUUCUACAAGAGUUGUCAGUGACCAAGAAUUUUCUCAACACUGCUAGCGCAAUGUUGGACAUUCAGAGAGAAAGCAUGUCUCUUUAUUUGGACUAUACUGACAUUGAGAUCCAGAAUAUUGAGGCAUCCAACAGUGCACUCCGGAACACGUACCAAUGCCGAAUUAAAGCUGACGAGGAGAACAUCAAGAAGCUGAUGGAGGAGAAUAAAGCUCUCCGAGCCAAUAUGACACAGAAUAAAAUGGAGCAUCAAUUAGAAAUUGCCAACUUGCAAAACCGCCUGUCCGAUGCCUAUGGAUUCAACAAGUGGGAGUGA